GGGAGGGGUUUGGGGAGGCGGCUGCAGAGCAGGGCUCUAGGGCUGUUUUCACUUUCGCUGCAGCUCGCAGGGUGAGAGGCUUGGUACUGCUCUGCCCUGCCCCAGCCCUUCCUUGGCACCCGGAUCGCUUGGAAAAGGGACCUGCUAAACCAGGAAGAUGCGUGAGUACACUGAGAAGAAGGAGACAUGUGGGACCAUCUGUCUCAAGUAUUUGCUCUUCAUCUUCAACUUCUUCUUCUGGCUGGCAGGCGGUGCCGUGAUGGCAGUGGGAAUCUGGACCCUGGCAGAAAAGAGUGACUACAUCAGCCUGCUGUCCUCCAACACGUACAUGGCCACCGCCUACAUCCUGGUAGUGGCUGGAGUUGUUGUCAUGGUUACUGGUAUCCUUGGUUGCUGUGCCACCUUCAAAGAGCGGCGAAACUUGCUGAGAGUGUACUUCAUAUUGCUGCUGUGCAUUUUCUUGCUUGAGAUCAUUGCUGGAAUCCUGGCUUAUAUCUACUACCAGCAGUUGAGUAUGGAGUUGAAGCAAAACCUGAAGGACACCAUGACCCAGAAGUACCGGAAGGAAGGAGAGGAGAGUGUGACCAGCGCAGUGGACAAACUGCAGCAGGAGUUCAAGUGCUGUGGAAGCAAUAACUAUACAGACUGGAGUGACAGUCUCUGGAUCAAAUCUGCAGAAUCCGGUGGGCGGAGAGUCCCUGACAGCUGCUGUAAGACAAUAACAGAUGCAUGUGGCAAGAGAGACCAUCCUUCCAAUAUCUACAAGGAGAAUGGCUGCAUCACUAAGUUGGAAAACUUCAUCCAGGAACACCUGAAAAUUAUCGGGGCCGUGGGGAUUGGCAUCGCUUGUGUACAGAUCUUCGGGAUGAUCUUCACUUGCUGCUUGUAUAAGAGUUUAAAGUCGGAACCAUACUAGGAGCACACAGGAAUCCAUCAAUUCCCCCCUGCUGCCUCCUUCAGCGCCUGCCAGAUCCACCACCCCAACUUAGCAACACAGACACUUCCACAGCCUAAGGACUUGGGCUCUGAUCCAAGCCCCUUGGAUCCCAACAGCUGUAGAAGCUCUUCUUGCUCAAGUUCAAAGGUAUUAGUGCCACCAAAGAACAGUGGUUUGCUCCCCCUGACAGACUACUGAUCAGUGCCACACACUGACUUUGGAGACAGAUGAUGUUUCUGUGCCAGGUGGGAAUUGGUGCCAAACCUCUUCACAUCCAGAUGAGCCCCCUUGGCACAUACUGAUGUCCUGCCACAGCCAUACACCAUCUAAGAAGGUAUCUGCUCUGGUCACUUGUGUCAGCAUCUCUCUCCGUCUUGCCAGUGAGAGCACGACCUGUCCCAGCUCAGAUUUUACCAUAAUUCUGACCUCACACGAGAUGUGGCUGAGGACGGUUACACAACAACCUCUCCACUUCUGCCUCAAAGCCUCCAUGCCAUUCAGAGGCCAGUUGAGAAACAGAAGCCAUGUGCCUUCAGUGAUUCUGGACAUUUUUUCUUUUUCUGAUUUUCUGCCAUUUAUUUUUAAUUAAUGGUUUCCAGUGUAAAUAGGGGGAAAAAUUAAUUUGUCUCCUGCUUGGUCUCCCUUUGACAGGUUCAAAGAUGGGCUUGGAAGAAUUAGUCUGUGCAGGGAACCUGCUACAUUUGGGUAUUUAAAGCCUAAGCUUUUUCAUUUGCCAGGAUUUUUUUUGAACCUGGAAAACUCCCAAGAUAAAAUCUCUUAUCAGGUGAAAUAUGUACCAGCUUGAGGGACUAAUUCCUGCCCAAGGAGACAGGCUUGGAGGCUGCUAAGGAAAUUCAUUAAGGUUUUUAUAUUGGCCUCCUGGGAUCUCAUUAAUCAGCUAGACAUUAUCUGGCUUUAAUGAAACCUGGAACCCUGCUUUCA